UCAUUGUCAGCCUCGCCGGGCGCGGGGGGGCCGCUCUCGCCAGACUGCCUAAGUGGAAUGGACAGCCGGAGUCUGGGGUGGGCGAGCAGCCCGUGCCCCCAUCCCCUGCCUGCUGACACAGCGCCCUGGCCGCCUGCACCAUCGGCACUUCAGCGCCCGCCUAUAAAGGGCGAGAGGAAAAGCCGGCGCCGGCACCGCCACCUCCGCCUCUGUGCCCUGCCCUCCGACCAACAGCCGAGCGACCCGUAUGACCAGCAGUGAAGGCAUGGACACCCUGGGGCAGUACAAGAUCACGGUGUGGGAGGAGGAAAACUUCCAGGGCAAGCGCUGCGAAUUCCUCAUGGAGUGCCCCAGCAUCAUGGAGCGCGGCUUCCGCAAGAUCCGCUCCAUCAAGGUGGAGUCUGGCCCCUGGGUAGGCUUUGAGUAUCCUGAGUACCAGGGACAGCAGUUUAUCCUGGAGAAGGGUGACUAUCCCCGGUGGGAGGCCUGGAGCGGGAACAGUGGCUACCGGACCGAGCACCUCCUCUCCUUCCGGCCUGUCAAAUGCGCAAACCACAAUGACAGCAAAGUCAUCCUCUACGAGGCUGAGAACUUCCAGGGUCACAAGUUUGAGCUGAGUGACGACUAUCCCUCGCUGCAGGCCAUGGGCUGGGGCAACAAGGAGGUGGCAUCCAUCAAAGUGAACGCUGGAGCGUGGGUGGCAUACCAGUACCCAGGAUACAGGGGCUACCAGUACGUGCUGGAGCGGGACAGACAGAACGGCGAGUUCAAGAAGUACAAUGAAUACAGCAGCCAGGCCCACACCAACCAGAUCCAAUCCAUCCGCCGCGUCCAGCACUGAA